CAUCCUCCGUAACGCGUCUUAUUGUCAGCAUCCGACAACGUCAUCAACAACACACAGUUUUCAGUAACAUCACUUCUUCAUCAACAUCAUGACUGGACGCGGCAAGGGUGGCAAGGGCCUCGGCAAGGGCGGCGCCAAGCGUCACCGCAAGAUUUUGAAGGACAACAUCCAGGGCAUCACCAAGCCUGCCAUCCGUCGUCUCGCACGUCGUGGUGGUGUCAAGCGUAUUUCAGCCAUGAUCUACGAGGAGACCCGCGGUGUUCUCAAGACCUUCCUCGAGGGCGUCAUCCGUGAUGCCGUCACCUACACUGAGCACGCCAAGCGCAAGACCGUGACCUCGCUAGACGUUGUCUACGCCCUCAAGCGCCAGGGCCGUACCCUCUACGGUUUCGGUGGUUAAACACGUUACCAAGCCAUCUUUUGCUUUUACUGGGCGUUUGGGAAGGAAGGCUACUAGGCGGACGGACAGAUCGGGCGUUAGAUGGGAUACCAAUGAUGAUUUGUUGAACAAUAA